AAUUCGCAACAGCUGCCAAUGGCAUCGCGUGCAGCAAAAGCACCGCCUCGCAAAUGCACUACAUCCGCCUUCUGCGGCCGCCCGCGAUAGGGCAUCUGCCCAAGGGAAGGUCAACCAUCUCCCUCGUGCUGACCGUCACGACAGACCUGGGUGAUACCUUUCUCUACCCGGAAGAGCCCAUCGAGCUGGGCUUUUGCUUGGCGAGCCACGGGUCAACAGAAGGACCUACGAAGCUGUUCCCGGCCGGGCAGUCGUCCUCGUCAUGGCAGCCUGGCAUGCGAGUGCUCAAGACUAGCCUCGCCCUUCACGAGCCACUCCGGGCAGAGACGGCGGCGGCGGCCGUCCUGGUCAUUUUCGCUCUAGACACCCCGGCCCUGCAAGUCUCGCUAAGCUCUUCAGCUCAGAUCCUCCCGUGGCAUGAUGCUGCUGGCGCAAAGCCAUGCAAUGGCCUGAUUGCACCGCUGUCUGUCGAAAUCUCGGCUGCGAGAACAGCAGCUGAUGUUGCCAUUCGCGACAUCGUCCUGGCCUGCGGGGAAACAAGUUCUGUCCAAAUCUCCAUCGAGGAGGACAUGGGCGAAAGCAUUGCCCGUCAUAUCUGGGAUGCAGGCUUGACAACGGCAGCUUUUCUUGCCGAUGCGUGCUGGAAUGAAGAAAGCCCCAAGAGCACCACGCAGCUGUUCUCCCUGGAAGACAAGCAAACACUAAACAUUCUCGAGCUCGGCUGCGGCGUUGGCGUUCUGGGCAUCAGCAUCGCCGUUCUCAUGCCGCAGAUACUGCAGAGAGCGUCGUCAAGGCCGCGUGAGCCAUAUAUUCUCAUGACUGAUCUUCCCGAGGCGCGCGAGAGAGCCUGCUCGAACAUCGCUCGGUUUCAGGCCCACAGAGCUUGUGCAGGGUCGAAAGCACAGCUAGAAUAUGAAGACUUGGACUGGAAUGACGGCAGUCUCGGCUCCUUUGGGCCCAAGGCUUGUGCUCGAGCCUGGGAUCUUGUCGUGCUCAGCGACUGUACCUACAAUGUCGACGUCUUCCCGCUUCUCGUAAAGACGCUCUCGGCCAUACACUUGCACAACAGCAAGAUGAGGCCGAUCAAGGAUGAUAAAGAGGCCAGCUGCACGACCAGGGUGCUUUUAUCAACCAAGCCCCGUCAUGAUUCCGAGGCGGCCCUAUUCAAGCAGUUGGCCUCUGAGGGCUGGAGCCAUACCCUUGAAAUCAGUAUUCCCAUGCUGAAAAUCAACGAACAGGAUGAAGUCGUCGAGAUCUAUUCAUUCACUAAAGCCACUACCAGAAAUGGGACAGGCCCGUCGGCGCACAAGUUGAAGCGCAAGGCUAGCAAUUCUGGAGAAACCCCCACCAAAAAGACGACCAACAAGCCCUCCAGAUGACGACCCAUCAACACGCCACGCUACCGUGCAAUAUGAUCAAGACAAGA